UAGGGUUUGAUUUCGUUCAAUGCCAUUCUUUGUGUUUGCUAUCAGAGUCCAUAGACCUGUUUUAGGUAAUAUCAUGAUCAUAAUAUACUUUGCAAUCAAAAUAUUUUCUUAUUCUCCGUAGAUGGGUAAAUUCUUAGGUCAGGUUUUUGGUGAACGUAGCUGUAUGCAGUAUGCCUUGGAGCGGGAAGUACACAUUAUUACCAAUCUGGAUUUAGAAACCGCAAUUAAUUAUUAAAUAAUUCAAUAAAAUUCCGUUGACAUGACCGCCACCCGCUAGUCCGACCUAACAGCUCCAACGCCAAACGCGCUUCCAUUCCCGGAAAAAAAAAAUUCCACCCAAAAACCCUAAUUCUCUUCACUCGCCUGGUACGAUUCCUCGUCUCUUCUCACGGAUGGCCUCCAAUGGAAGCCCGGCGAGGGUGGGUGAUGUGGAGAGCAGCUUGGAGAAGAUCAAACGGCAGCUGACGUCGGGCUCGGGGAGGUAUCUGCUGCAGGGCCCGCUUCUCAAGCGAUCCGAAACGCUGAGGAAAUGGAAUGAGAGAUGGGUGAUCUUGGAUCCAACAUCUGGAAAAAUGGAAUACAAGACUCGGAGAAAUGAGACUCUUGUCAAGGGAAUAAUCAUAUUUGAUUCAAACAGUACAAUCACUGUGUCCCCUGUGAACUUCCAUGGGCUGCCAAAAUAUGAUGGCUGCUGUUUUUAUAUUGGAACUCUACAGAAGAAGGAGUACUUUCUUUGUGCUGAAACCCCUGGUGCUGCAAGAGCUUGGGUAUCCACUUUACAUGCAACUCAGUUGGUCCUUCGGGCCCAUAAAGAGGCAGUAAAUUCAUUGAGUGGGAAUGGCUCUGCAAAAUUAGGAACAGUUGCCGCUGUAGUUGCAGCUGCAAACUCAACUGCAGCAGAAGCAUCCAAAGAAAUAGAGGCAGCAAUGAAGAUAUCUAUGAGAGCAACUCUGGGCUUGGUGACAAAAAAAACAAGUGAAGGUCACCUGGAUGAUCUGACAAUUAUGAAGGAAACUCUUCAAGUGAAAGAUGAGGAACUACAGCAGCUAGCUAAGGACCUUCGUGCUAGAGAUUCCACAAUAAAAGUGAUAGCAGAUAGAUUAACAGAUACAGCUGAGGCUGCUGAAGCAGCUGCUUCUGCAGCACAUGCAAUGGAUGAAGAGAGAAGACGUGCUUGUGCAGAAAUAGAACGCCUAAACAAGGAUGCAGAGAAGCAACUUGAGUCAUCCAUGCUUAAGUUGAGAGAAUCUGAAGAGAAGGUGAUGGCCCUAAGCAAAGAGAGAGAGAUAUUACUGAAGCAGAGGGACUCUGCUCUUCAAGAGGCACAACUAUGGCGUUCUGAGCUUGCAAAAGCUAGAGAACGUGCUGUGAUUUUAGAAGCAGCUGUUGUCAGAGCUGAAGAACGGGCCAGGGUUUCAGCGGCAGAUGCUGAGGCUAGAAUAAACAAUGCUGCAGAAAAAGCAACAGCCACUGCAAAAGAAAAAGAAGACCUCCUAGCAUUAGUGAAUAUCUUGCAAUCACAAGUGCAGAGACAACAAAGCAACACAAAGCAGGUCCUUGAAGAGAGAUUGGAGUCAAGCUCUGGUGCUGAUGACACUCUUCCAAGGACAAAGCAUGUAGACUCGUCAGAGGACGAUGUGGAUAAAGCUUGCUUAACUGAUUCAAGAUCAGUUCCUGGUAAUAGUGCUGUCCAAUUGGUAGUUGAUGGAGUUGAAAUCCGUUCUAUAGGUGACGCUGAGUGGAAUGAUAUCCAGUCGAUGGAUGCAAGGAUAGCUGAUGUAAGGGAGAUCACCCCUGAAGCAGAGCAAAGCAGCUUGGACAUUCCUGUUGUUGCGAACCCAUCGGUCAAUGACCAUCAACAUAGAGGGAACCCUUCCCAGCCAUGAUGUUACUGCAAGCUAUUUAUUGAAAUUGUAGUGAUGGUGACGACAUUGAGGCAUCGUAUAGCUUAAUAUUGGUAAAUAAAGGUGUUGGAAUAUGAUCUGCCAAGGGAACUCUUUCAAAGCUUUAUUUGAUUGUUGGGAUAAGUUUUUAAUAAGCUGCUAGAUAUUAGAAUUUGAAAAUCUACUAGAAGAUGGGUUGUUUUUGGAAGGAUAUGUUUUUGAUAUCAGAUCUAUGGUCAUCGAAUCAAAUUAUACAGGUGAAUCAAUGUCUUGCAGUCUUGGUUU